GAGUCACACCGGGGAGCGGCCAUUCAUCUGCUCUGAGUGUGGGAGGGGAUUCACUCGGUCGUCUGGGCUUCUGACGCACCAACACAUUCACACCAGGGAGAGGCCCUACACCUGCUCCGAGUGUGGGAAGGGGUUCACUCAGCUGUCCAUGCUCCUGACGCACCAACGCAUUCACACCGGGGAGACGUCGUUCACCUGCUGUCACUGUGGGAAGGGUUUCGUAGAUUUAUUCAGAUUACAGAGACACCAGCUGUUCCACAGCAGUGAGAGGCCGUUCAUCUGCUCCGAGUGCGGCAAGGGAUUCACUCAGUCGUCUGACCUCCUGACUCACCAACGAAUUCACACCGGGGAGCAGCCCUUCAUCUGCCAUCAGUGCGGGAAGGGGUUCACUCAGUCUGCCCACCUUCUGAUUCACCAGCGGAUUCACACCAGGGAACGGCCGUUCAUCUGCCCUGAGUGUGGGGGGAGAUUAACUUGGUCCUCCGAGCUUCUCACGCACCAAAAUAUUCACACUGGGAAGAGGCCCUUCGCUUGCUCCCAAUGUGGGAAGGGGUUCACUCGGUCGUCUGUACUUCUGAUGCACCAACGGAUUCAAACCGGGGAGAAGCCGUUCACCUGCUCCGAGUGCGGGAAGGGGUUCACUCGGUCGUCUGACCUUCUGAGGCACCAGCGGAUUCAUACCGCGGAGAGGCCCUUCACCUGCUCGGAGUGCAGGAAGGGAUUCACGCAGUCGUCCGAACUUCUGGCACACCAGCGAAUUCACACCGGGGAGAGGCCGUUCACCUGCUCCGAGUGCGGGAAGGGGUUCACUCGGUCGUCUGCCCUUCUGAGGCACCAGCGCAUUCACACCGCGGAGAGGCCCUUCCCCUGCUCGGAGAUAUUCACGUGCUCUCACUGCGGGAAGAGUUUCAACAAUUCCUUUAACCUGCAAAGGCAUCAGCGAGUCCACACUGGGGAGCGGCCAUACAUCUGCCAUCAGUGUGGCGAGGCAUUCACUCAGUCAACCCACCUACUGGUACACCAGCGAGUUCACACCAGGGAGAGACUGUUCACCUGCGCUGAGUGCGGGAAGGGAUUUGCUCAGUCAUCCAGCCUACUGAUACACCAGCAAAUUCACACUCGGGAGAGACUGUUCACCUGCUUUGAGUGUGGAAAGGGAUUCACCCAGUCUUCCAAACUGCUGGCUCACCAGCGGGUUCACACCGGGGAGAGGCCAUUCAUCUGCUCUGAGUGUGGGAAGGGGUUCACUCAGUCGUCCCACCUGCUGACACAUCUGCGAAUACACACAGGGGAGAGGCCGUUCACCUGCUCUGAGUGUGGGAGGGGAUUCAGCCGUUCGUCCAGUCUGCAGACCCACCGACGAGUGCACACCGGGGAGAAACCAUUCCGCUGCUUUGAUUGUGGGAAAGCAUUCACUCGGAUGGCCAACCUGUUGGUGCACCAGCAGAUUCACACUGGAGAGAGGCUGCUGUUCAUCUGCUCCGAGUGUGGGAAGGGGUUCAGCCGGACCUCAAACCUCCAGAUACACCAGAAGAUUCACAGCGGGGAGAGGCCAUUCACCUGCUCCGAGUGCGGGAAGGGAUUCAUCCGGUCGUCUGACCUUCUUACGCACCAACGGAUUCACACCGGGGAGAGACCGUACACCUGCUCUGACUGCGGUAAAGGCUUCACUCGUUCAACUGAUCUGCUGAUGCACCAGCGAGUUCACACCGGAGAGAAGCCAUUCACCUGCCCUGAAUGUGGGAAGAACUUUAUUCGAUCGUCUCAUUUCUGGAGGCACCGACGAGCUCACACUGAAGAGAAGGUUUAAAUGUGUGGUUCAUACACGGGGCAUUUAAACACGGGGGCUGCUGAGACAGCGGUGAGUUCACAAGUGACUGCAGGAACUGAUUCUGCGGUUAUUGCUGCUGUUGAUCACUUCCAGGUUUGGACCCUGGUCACUGGACACAUUUGGGUUGUUUCCCCUGGAACUGCAGGUACAUUUGUGUUCUGCACCGAUUAUAAAUAAAUCUGUUCUGUGUGAAUGAACUGGGCCUGAGGAGGAUGUGGAGAGACUUUUGAGUGGAUGCGGACAAGCUGAAAGGGACGGGCAAACACACAGCAGAUGGAGUCAGGUGUUGGAAAUAGGAGAUCAUCAACCUCAGUGGGAACUCCUGAUGUCAAGUUGAUCGUCAGAUGCUCGACGGCAGGAAAAUGGUGUCCAAUCACCGUCGGUCAUGACCUUGCUAACUGACGGGGCAGAGAGAGGGGCCAAGUGGCCUUUACCUGUGGUAUGAUGCUCACACAAAGCAGGGGGCACAACACACUGAGGGUCCAACUGCAUCUGUGGAGGCUGGACCAGAUGGACUACAUCCCAGAGCCCUGAGAGAGGUUGCUGAGAGAACAGACACACUGGUCAUGAUCUUUCAAGAAUCUCUUGAUUUCUGGCAUGGUCCCAGAGGACUGGAAGAUCGCAAAUGUCACUCCACUCUUUAAGAAGGGAGGAAGGCAAAAGAAAGGAAACUGUAGGCCAGUUAGCCGAACUUCAGUGGUUGGGAAGAUGUUGAAGAAGAGGCGGUGGUUAUCAUCUACUUGGAUUUUCAGAAGGCAUUUGAUAAGGUGCCACACAUGAGGCUGCUUAACAAGAUAAAAUCCUAUUGCAUUACAGGAAAGACACUGGCAUGGAGAGAGGAAUGGCUGACGGGCAGGGUAGCGUGUGAGAAUAAAUGGGACCUUUUCUGGUUGGAUGCCAGUAUUCCUCAGGGGUCAGUAGUUGACGAGCACUUUUCACGUUGCUUGUCAAUGAUUCGGCAAUUGAUGGCUUUGUGGCAAAGUUUGUGGGUGAUAUGAAGAUAGGUGGAGGGGUGGGUAGUGCUGAGGAAACAACACGAUUGUAGCAUGACAUAGACAAAUUGGAAGAAUGGGCAAAAUAGUGUUAGAUGGAAUACACUGUUGGGAGAUGUACGAUAAUGCAUUUUAGCAAAAGGAACAAAAGUGCAGACAAUUAUCUAAAAGGAGAGAAAGUGAAACAUGCGAAGGGGCUUUGCAUGGCAGAAAGUAUGAGUUAAUGGUCUGGGUUUCCUGACACGGUCUCGACCGGAAACGUCAACUUGUACCUUUAUCAGCCACGGACACCGGUCAACCCGUUAAGCUCCAUAAGCGUCCUGUUUUGUGGUCCCAGACUCCAGAAUCUGGUUCGCCUGGGAAAUGGGCCAAGAACUGCAAAGUGUUGCAUUUUGGGAAGACAGACCUGGCACCAUGAAUUGCAGUGUCCUGGGGAGCACUGGAGAACUCAGAGACGGAAAAGGGCGACGUGGUGAACGGGGUGAUGAAGUCGUUUGGCUCCCUUACCCUCAUUAGUCAUGGGUCUGAGUGCAAGCGUCAGCACGUCGUGUUGACUAUGGAAGAUGUCGGUGAGACCGCACUUGGAAUUUAUGUGAGUUUCUGGUCACUUAUCUGUGGGAAGUAUAACAUUAAAAAGGCUAAGUUGCAAAAUCGGUUCUCAGGAAGGACCCCAGGACUGGAAGGCUUGAGUUAUAAAGAGAGACUGGAGGGAACAUAGAACACGACAGCACAGUGUCGGCCCUUUGUUCUGACCUUUUUACUGACCCGAAGAUUAAUCUAACCCUUCCCGGCUACGUAGGCCUCCAUUUUUCUAUCAUCCAUGUGUCUAUCUCAGAGUUUCUUAAAUGCCCCUAAUCUGUCUGCUUCCACCAACUCGGACAGACUGUUCCGCAUACCACCACUUGUGUAAAAAAAAACAUUUUCCUCUGCUGGUUGUACCCCUCUGGAGCAUAGUCGUUUCCUUACAGAGGUUUAUAAAGUGACGAAGGGUAUCGAUGAGGUGGAUAAUCACGGCCGUUUCUCAGGGUAGGGGAGUGUCAAACUAGAGGGCAUCUGUUUCAGGUGAGAGAGAGAGAAAGAUUUAACUAGCUCCUUAGGGGCAGGUUUUUCAAACAGAGGGUGGUGGGUGCCCAUCACACAAUUCUAGAGGGAGUGGUAGAGGCUGGUACAGUCACAGUGUCUGAAAGACAGUUGGACAGGUUCAGGGACAGGAAAGGUUCAGAAGGAUCAGGGUCAAAUGCUGAUAAAUUGGACGAGUUCAGGUCGCAACUCGGUCAGUCUGAACCUGUGUCUGUGCCUUAUAGCUCAGACUGUCUGCCAUCUCUCAUGUCUUCACAGGAAUAGGUAGAUAGAUAUUGACCCCAAAGGAAAUUACACCGUCACAGUGCUACAAAUAUUAGAAGUAAAAAAAUUUUUUAAAUGUUUCCUUAAAAAUAAGAUGUACAAGAUUUCCAAGUUACAAUGAUAAGAUGGUAGUGCAAGAAUUACCAUAACAUUACACAGUAAAACAUGCCCAUUCACACCGUCCGGAUAAGAAGUGAUGGCAAUAAUGCACAGGGUGUCGGCAGUGGCAGAGUGGGGUAAACAGAAGUCAACAGACAUUCUAACAGGAGGGGGUCAUCAGUUCUCAGAUUGAUUAAUUAUACAGCUUCAUGGCCAAGGGUAAGAAUGACGUUUUAUAGCACUCUUUGGAGCAGUGCAGUUGUCUUAGUCUAUUACUAAAGUGCUCCUCUGUGCAGACAAGGUGGCAUGCAGAGGGUGAGAAACACUCCAGACUUGCCAGGAUUUUCCAGAAUGUCCAGUUUGACUUGUAUGUCUUCUCUAAUCAGUUUAUUGAGCUUGCUGGCAUCACCCAUGUGAAGGCCAUUUCCCCAGCACACCACUGCAUAGAACAUUGUAUUGGUGACCUCGGUCUCCUCAGGAAGUAGAGGUGACUCUGGCCUUUCUUGUACAUGGCAUCUAUAUUGGUGCUGCACUCAAGUCUGUCAUCCAGGUGCACCCCAGGUACCUGUAGGUCCUCACCUCAUCCACGUCCUCACCAUCGAUAAUAACAGGGAGCAGUGCAGGCUUGGUCUUCCUAAAGUCCAUCACCACCUCCUUUACUGAUGUUGAGCUGCAGAUGAUUCACCGUUUGACAAAGUCCUCCACCAGGGUCCUGUGUUCAUCCUCUUGACCUCCCUUUAUACACCCGACCAUUGCUGAGUCAUCAGAGAAUUUCUGCAAAUCACACAACUCAAUGUUGUAUCUAAGGUCCAAGGUACACAGGGUAAACGGAAAGGGAGCCAAUACAGCCCCCUGUGGGGCCUCAAUGCUGCUUAUAGCCAUGUCUGACACACAGCUCUGAAGCCACAUGAACUGUGGUCAGCCAGUCAGGUAGUCCAUUAUCCAGGACAAUAGAAGUGCCAACCUGCAUUGAAUGGAGCUUCCCCCAGCAAUGAGGGCAGUGUGGUAUUGAGGGCUCUUCAGAGAUCUGUCGCAUGUACGGUGAAUGCAUCGUUUGCGUGAGCUGCAGGCACACAUGUUCCAGUGCCAACACAGUGCGCCCACAUUCCUCAGCAGAACAACACUGAACACAACAAAAGAACAGCAGCCAAAUUCCCCCUUUCCUCUCUCCCAGGAACAUACACAGUCCUCUAACCCUGGGAUAGGCCUCCAGCCCCCAGUGGACUCGCAGUUGGGUUCACAGACAUUGGACCUUCAACUUCCCCAGCAGCCUUGCAAAAUGUACAAGUUACUUCCCUCAUAAAAGUGAUACUUCGGUGUGGGUUGUAAAUCCUUGGGAAGGAAACAGUUCCCCAUUCCAGGUGGAAGCGUGACUCAGGAUGGGCGGGACUUCACCUGGUCUGUGACUCAGGGUG